UAUCAUCCCUUCCCUAACGACCCUCCGGCUCAUUCAAGAUUGUCCAGCGGAUUAUCACAGUGAAAAUGGUGCACUUGUAGUGGGUGAUCCUACGGUUGGCCAGGUGUAUUACAAUGGACGUGUCGCUGACUUUGUACCAUUGUCCUGUGCUAGAGAGGAAGCAGAGAUGGUUGGUCGACUGUUGGGAGUUCAGCCUUUGUUAGGAGAGUCUGCAACUAAGCAGGCAGUGCUUCAAGCGAUACCUUCAGUGAGUCUCAUACAUGUUGCCGCACAUGGAAAUGCCGAAAGAGGAGAGAUUGCCCUGUCGCCUAAAUGUCCUAAAUGUACCACCAACAGUUUUCCACAAGAAGAAGACUACCUCUUGACAAUGUCCGACAUUUUCGGAACUCAAGUGCGAGCAAAACUGGUUGUAUUGAGCUGUUGUCACAGUGCGCGUGGAUUGGUCAAAGCCGAAGGAGUUCUUGGAAUCGCUCGUGCAUUCUUAGCAUCCGGUGCACGUUCAGUGUUGGUAGCAUCGUGGGCCAUAGAAGACGAAGCAACGGAGCAGCUCAUGAAUCAUUUCUACAAGCACCUUGUUCGUGGAGAAAGUGCCAGUGAAUCUCUUCACCAGGCCGUAAAAUGGUUGAGAAGCAACGGCUUUCCCAAACCUAAUCAAUGGGCUCCAUUUGUGCUGAUGGGAGACAACGUGACGUUGGAUUUUACAUACAUCGGGAAAGAGGAACACAAGGAGGACAACAAUGAAGCAGAGAAGAAACAGAGUAACAACUGAUCCUGCACAAAGAUUAUCUUUCCUGCACAUUGUUUUUGAAUGGACACUGGUAUUAGUUUGAACAGACAUUUUUCAUUUUAUUGUAGAUAAAUGGUUAUUUUUGAAUGCUCUUGCAAAUAAGGCUGAAUCGAAAGCUAGUGACACUGAAAGCUGCAUUUCAGCCCUCAGACCUAUUAAGGGGACUAAAAUGAAUCAGCAUGAAAAAAUUGAAAGCAUGAAAUUAACUAAACGUUUACUAAUAUGAGAACUUUGGUAAAGUUUCCUUUGGAUCGCAAUCAGAAAACACCAAAACUAAACUCUAACUUGUUUUGUGAGUUGUUAGGUAAAAAAACAGGAGAAAAGGAGAACAAGCAUUGCACAAAAUAUUACUGCCAAAGUCAAACUGAGGAGUAAAAACAAUUCCUAAGAUAUCAAUGAAACAAUCUCCCAGAAUUCAGAGCAGAAAGAUAACUGAUAUUAUCAAAAAGAUAGUUGGAAUACUGUAGGAAAACAAAAUCACAAACCAGGAAUGCAUGGCUUUGUUGAGUAUGAUGAUGCACAAGUGGCAGUUUUCUAUGUAUUUUUUCCUUUACCUUGGGGGGUUUGGUGGGGAGGUCAGUAUUGUCAUAUUUUAAUCUUUUAGAACUUUCAGGAAAAGGUAAAUGCUAAAGAAGUUGUUGAUAUGAUGUUUGAAAAUGUUUCAUCAAAAGGAUCUGUUCAGAAAAGUAUAAUUAGUGAUAAGAUUUUGUUACUGAUGGCAGACUUUUGUUCCUAAUCAUCAGUGGGCACUAAAAACUUAUUGAUUCUUAGGAGGCCUACUUAUUCUUUGGCCAACUUGAAAGUUUUUGUUCCUGUGAUCACUACACAUUUUUCUCUUAUUUGAAGUACUUUUGCAUUUCUUAUUUUUCUCUGAUU